AUGAAGAACCCGGCCUCAUGGUACAGAAACAUCAAGCUUAUGGCGAAUUCCUCAAAGUCUGAUCAAACCAUACAUGUUCCCGGUGUUGACCCGACCGACGGAGUGGCCGUCGCAAAUGCUACCAACAACAAAUUCAUCCACAUUGCCAGUGAUAUUCCACCCCUAGAUACUUCACAGCUACCAGCGUACCUGCCCGUUAUAACAACAAACCUUUCCAAAGCCUUUGAAAGGGUUGACCAUUCCAUUGUUAUUCCCAAACUCCUGAAAUACAACCCUGAUAGUAACUUGGUACGAUGGAUUACCGACUUCCUGACUGAACGCACUCAGUGUGUCCGGUACCGCGGGCGUCUGUCCGAAUGGGUCCCAGUAGGUGCAGGCCGAGUCCCUCAGAGUACCAGACUGGGUCCAGUGCUGUUUCUUGUUCUAAUAGACGACGCUCUCUCGUCGUCCGAUCUACAGCAUUGGUAG